AUGCUCAGGUUCGUUCUGAUCGCAGCCUUUCUACACGAUGUUGUAGUAGGGGAUUUGUUGUCGGACAGUGGCAAGAAGGCCUUCUUGAGUAAUCACAAUGAACAUCGGAGGUCGAUCGCCAAAGGAAAUGAGAAGAACAAGAACCAACAGGCUAUGCCCAAGGCUACGAACAUGCUCAAAAUGGUAGGAAUUAGGCUUAUGCUUAGUUUUAUAAUGUAAUAGGCAUAAGUUUGACCUAUUUUUUGAUAGUAAACAGUGGUUUAAGGCUUGGUUUGUGAAUUAAUAUAGCUUUACUUUUAUGAUCUUUAAAAAUUUUUUAAAAAAGUCCAUUUCCAGGUGUACAACAAAGACCUGGAGAAGAAAGCAGAUGACUGGGCUAAAGCUUGUAACUUUGAACAUACUCCCAAUAUUGACUACGGCCAGAACUUGUUCAUGUCUAGUGAGGCUUUAUCACAAGGUAAGUAAAGCAUUCUAAAAGACAUUUUUUAUAUUAUUCAUUUUAUAUUAUAAAUAUUUUUUCAUUUUAAAUUAUUUGUUGUAUCAGCUAACAUAACAUGUUACGGUCAAUAUAAAAUAUUGUUUUACCCUCAGGUAAAAUUUGAAAACUUAAAACAUUAGGAAAGAAUUAGGUUUACUGUAUGUUUAAAACGCAUUUCAUGUCCUUAUUCAUGUUAUUUUAGCUGAUAAAACAAAUAAUUUGAAUUGAAAAAAGGUUUUUGAUGUUUGUGGAACAUCUUUUUAGCAAUGCCUAAUGGUUUAUGAGAUUACCAUAAAAUGAAUUUAUUAAACUACAGUAACUUUUAUUUAUAAGAAAUUUAAAAAUUUAUUAUAGUAAGCGAUCUAUUUUUUGGUAAGCAGAUGAUACUGAAACGAGUAAAAAUUUAAGAAAUACAUAUUUAAAGAUGUAAUUUUUAGAAGACGCGGCCAAGCAAGCAGGAGACUCUUGGUGGAAGGAACUGACAGACAUCUACAACACGGAUUCUGUAGCCUUUGACGGAAAUGCCUUCCAAGCUGGUCAUUUUACUCAAGUAAGUCAAAAUACUUUUGAAAUAUAAGUUUCAAUACCUUUUUAAUAGCAAAGAUAAGAAAGAAUACAUGUAUAUAUAAGAUAAAACAUUUAUAUUUAUAAAGUAAAAAUUUUUAUACAAUGUAUUAUAAACCACCUUUCAAAUUGAUUUAGAUGUCCUGGGCCAAGUGUCGUAGCAUGGGUUGUUCCGUACAAAAAUGUAGUUUCGGAACGUUCGUCGUAUGUAACUACGAGAACGGUAACAUGAUGGGUGAUAACAUCUACGAAUCAGGUGAGACUUGCUCCAACUGUCCAGCUGGUACCAAAUGUAACGAUGGUCUAUGUGCUGUUGAUUGUAAGAAGAAGAGAAAGCGAAGAAAGUAA